AGAAUGACCUAUAAGAAAGAGAAACAAUAUCCAUCAAUACAUGGCUAUCAGUCAACAACAGAAACUGCCAUUAACAACAUCAGCAGCAGUGGGAAUAUUACCAGACAUAUUACCCAAGCAUCUCACAUUUUUAUAUAGGAAAGUUUGGGACACAUGAAGGAUUGGCAUCUUUACUGUGAUUAUUUUUACCUACUAUUUUGAUCAUCUUAAAAGUGAAAGUGAUCUAGGGAAGCUAGAACCAUGUUUUUGUUACCUUUACUACUACCUACCCUCUUUUCUCCCAGCACUUCAAAGAUAGUGACUCACAGAGAUCUGUGCCAUAAGAGGAUACUCCAAAGCUGCACAAAUAUCCUAAGGCUCCCAAAUUUGGGGGAAGCUGAUAUAUUUAUUUAUCUGCUGAUGGCAAGCCAAAGUUUUCAACAGAACUUACUCCAAGACAAAUGCAGACAGAGAAUAAAGAAGUCGUAUGUGGCCAAGCUAUGCACACUUUGUUUAAAAAUCUCUACACAGGGUUGGCAAUGUUUAGGGAAAACUAAUGUAAAAUUACCAGAGUCAAAUUAAAGAUUAGUGCUUAAUCCCAAACCCUAUACCCCCUAAUUGAGAAUGCAAAUAAGACAUUUGGGAUUUCUCUUAAAAUUCCUACUGCAGUUUGGCUUUCUUUUAAUCAUCGCUUGAAUCUGUGCCAAGUUACACACACUUUCCAAUAGGAAAGUGCUUGUGACUAACAGAAAAAAUGAGCUCCUUUCUGAGUAUGUGAAUUUUUAACAUAGAUGAUCAUUUUAUAUCCCCACUUCGGGUUCCCAAUGCAAAUGAGUCAGAGGAUUUGCUCAGAUAUUGAGUUAUUUGUGUAAUUCUACAACAGAAAAUGCCAUUGGAGAAUACACACUGACCUCACAACUAAAAAAAACUAUUUAAGAAAGAUGUGGAAACCAGAUGUUUCAGUCACAUUUCAGCCGCUGAGAGAAUUUAACUGGGAGCAGCCCCUGACAGCCCGAUAACUUCGCUGCAGCUGAAGCUAUGAUCAUCUUAACUUACUUAUUUCUCUUGCUGUGGGACCAGGCUCGAGGAUGGGGAUUCAAGGAUGGGAUUUUCCACAACUCCAUAUGGCUUGAACAAGCAGCUGGUGUGUACCACAGAGAAGCACGGUCUGGCAAAUACAAGCUCACCUAUGCAGAAGCUAAGGCGGUGUGUGAAUUUGAAGGUGGCCGUCUCGCCACCUACAAGCAGCUAGAAGCAGCUAGAAAAAUUGGGUUCCACGUCUGUGCUGCAGGGUGGAUGGCCAAGGGCAGAGUUGGGUACCCCAUUGUGAAGCCAGGGCCCAACUGCGGAUUUGGGAAAAUCGGUGUUAUUGAUUAUGGAGUCCGUCUCAACAGGAGUGAAAGAUGGGAUGCAUACUGCUACAACCCACAUGCAAAAGAGUGUGGUGGUGUCUUUACAGAGCCAAAGCGAAUCUUUAAAUCUCCAGGCUUCCCAAAUGAGUAUGAGGAUAACCAGAUCUGCUAUUGGCACAUUAGACUCAAGUAUGGUCAGCGUAUUCACCUGAGCUUUUUGGACUUUGACCUUGAAGAUGACCCAGGUUGCUUGGCUGACUAUGUUGAAAUAUAUGACAGUUAUGAUGAUGUCCAUGGAUUUGUUGGAAGAUAUUGUGGGGAUGAACUUCCUGAAGACAUCAUCAGCACAGGAAAUGUCAUGACCUUGAAGUUUCUGAGUGAUGCUUCAAUAACAGCAGGAGGUUUCCAAAUCAAGUACGUCGUGGUGGAACCUGUAUCCAAAUCCAGUCAAGGAAAAAAUACUAGUAGCACAUCUACUGGCAGUAAAAACUUUUUAGCUGGAAGAUUUAGCCAUAUAUAAAUCAAACAAAGGAUGUUCAAAAUAUGCAAUGUUUAUGUUUGCAUCUUUGGAACCUUUUUGAUCUCACUUUUGUAUUACUAUUUUUGUUAACAUCUAUUUAUUAUUUUUCUAAAUGUGAAAGUAAUACCUAAUUUGGUGAGAAAUUAAAAGAUUCAGAAAAAUUCAAAUGCAAAAAUAAAAUCUCUCCUAAUCCCAGUAUACAGAAAUAACUAGUGCUAACAUUUAUAUAUUUUUUUCAUUUUUCUACUUGUAGUAUAUGUAUAUAUGUAUCUGUAUGUACUUAUAUUUUAAAUUUUGGAAUCCUCUAUGUACAGUUUUAUAUCCUGGUUUUUGUGGGACUUUUUUAACCUUGAACUUUAAACCUAAGAAUUUCCUAAAUCAUUGAGUAUUCUACAAAAAUGACUUUGAAUAGCUGUAGAAUAUUCCAUAUUUUAUUUAAACCCGUCUCCAUUGUUGGAAUUUUAGAUUGUUUUCAGAAAUAUUGCUGCAAUAAAUAUCCUUGAACAUA